CGCGCCGGUUGCGAGAAAGGACCCCGGCGCGACCGCGUCCCCUCGGGUCCUUGAGCCGUUGCCGACGGGGGAGCCAUGGCCUUGACGCUGCUGAGACUGGCGCCGGCGUCCGCGCGGGGCCUCGUGGCGGGGGCCCAGCGCUUGGCCGGGGUCCACACGAGCGUGCAGCAUCAGCGGCUCUACGGCCCGUGGGCAUUCGUGCUGGGUGAGAGGACAACCAAAAAGCUGACGGAAUCCAGCAAGGUGAUAACGGUCGACGGCAACCUGUGUUCCGGCAAAAGCAAGAUCGCGAAGGCGGUGGCUGAGAAACUAGGCAUGAGGCACUUCCCCGAGGCCGGCAUCCACUACGUAGACAGCACGACGGGGGACGGCCGGCUGCUGGACCCGGAGCUCAGCGGCAGCUGCAGCCUGGAGAAGUUCUACGAUGACCCGAAGAGUAAUGACGGCAACAGCUACCGCCUGCAGUCCUGGCUGUACGCCAAUCGCCUCCUGCAGUACGCGGAUGCCUUGGAGCACCUGCUGAGCACAGGGCAGGGGGUCGUGCUGGAGCGCUCAGUCUACAGCGACUUCGUGUUCCUGGAGGCCAUGUACCAGCAGGGCUUCAUCCGGAAGCAGUGCGUGGACCACUACAACGAGGUGAAGAAGGUGACCAUCUCCCAGCUCCUGCCGCCCCACGUGGCGAUUUACAUCGACGUGCCCGUGCCGGAGGUCCAGAGCCGGAUCCAGAAGAAGGGAGACCCGCACGAGAUGAAAGUCACCGCUGCCUACCUGCAAGCCAUCGAGGACGCCUAUAAGAAGGCCUUCCUCCCGGAGAUGAGCGAGAAGUCCGAGGUGUUACAGUACAGCGCGCGGGAAGCCCAGGACGCGGAGAAGGUGGUGGAGGACAUCCAGUACCUCAAGUUCGACAAGGGGCCGUGGCUCAGCCAGGACGACCGCACCUUCCACCACCUGCGGAUGCUGGUCCAGGACAAGCUGCAGGUGCUGAACUUCACCACGAUCCCCGUCUACCUCCCCGAGAUCACCAUCGGCGCCCACCAGAGCGACCGUGUCUUCUGCAGGUUCACGGAGCUGCCCGGCCGCCGGUACAGCCCUGGCUACAACGAGGACGUGGGCGACAAGUGGAUCUGGCUGAAGUGACGGUGCCUCCGCAGAGCUGCUGCGCGGCGAUGGGCGGCUCCACCGGCUUCGGGGUCGGGGGGGAGGGACUGUCAGAAACUGCGCCGUGAUGGAGCCCGCAGCAUCGGCGGGUGGAAGGCAGCACCUUCCCCUUGAGAGGGUUUGGAACCUCCAGGCUUCGUGUGGGGUGCGGGGCGGUUGCUGCCGGGGGGCGGGCCUGCGGGAGGCUGGGCGCGGCUGGAAGCCCCUCGGCCCCCCUCCGUGUGCCCCCGUUGUGCGGGUUUGCACGUCGCUUCCCCGGACGUUGACAAAUAAAGCAGCUCCUCGACGGUGUCUCCCCUGGACCUU